AUGACUCUUCAGGUGUGUGGACUUCCUGCUGUGAGCUUUCAGAAAAUCAUUGAGGUCGUUGUAAGAAAUGAGCCACGUCUCACUAGAGAUAUGGUCCGGCACUUGAAUCACGUCGAAGAGAGAGUACUCGAAGAACUUGCGUGGACUAGGGACAGUGCUUUGUGGACUUCAUUAAGCAGAAAACCUGACAGCGUACCGACGUGCGAUGAAGCAUGGGGCAGUAUGACGAGAAUUGUAUCUUCAAUCGGUUCACCACCAAAGAAAAUGCGGUACGAUUCCGGUUCAAACACCUUUUCUCAGGUCCAGUUUCCUCCUUGCAACGCCCAAAAAUCGUUCUUCAGCAAGAUCUACUAUUUGGCUUCCGUACGACUCUCGGAUAUCUGCGAACGAAUACGUAUAGAUGAUCGUGGACGACGAAUGAUGUGGACAGUAUUGGAAUACAUUCUGAAAGAAGAACGUUCUCUCUUUAUGGAUAGGCAUCUUGAUCAGAAUCUUCUAUGUAUAGUAUAUGUUGUAUGCAAGGCUAACAAGGCUGAUGUCUCUUUUGUGGACAUAAUGUCACACUAUCGACAUCAACCUCAAGCUGACUCACGCAUUUAUCGCAUGGUCCGUGUGGAUUCGAGUGUCUUAUUGUCGAAUGAUACAAUCUGCAGUGAAGAGGGUAGUUCUCGAGAUUCCACAUCUGUAACAGAUUCGCAGCCACUCCGGAGUAGAUCGAGCGUUGGUGCAUCUCCGGGAGCAUCUCAUUCCGAAGAAGGCUCUGCCUGCGCUGGCAAGCAGUUGCCGACGACGCCUGAGCCUGACCCGUUGACGGGACAACACGUCGAUCUUAUUGUUUACUACAACAAAGUGUUUUUACCACGAGUUGAAGAGUUCAUGAAGAAGAUUAGUGAUAAUUGUCCAUUGGCCAGCUUGACACCAAUGCCUGUUCGGCGCUUGCCACGAAGUGCACCAUCGAAGAGGAACCUCUCUGAUAAGACUUGGGCAGCACCAUCAACGGUUAUGGAGAAGCUUGACGAACGAAAGCUGCUUAGACGGCUACUUGGCUACUUUCGGCCUAGGAAAGUGGCUAAAGUAAAUCGUCUUCGCUUCUUUGGUCAUAUAUUAAGGAGACCGGCAGAUCGCCUUGUCCAACGAGUUCUGAAAAGUUCGUCGGGUUCGAGCUGGAAGAAGCCACCUGGCCGAAAACGGAAGUUCUGGACUGUGGCGGUGAAAGAGGAUCUGAGGACACUCGCCGUGGACAGGCAGUUCAGGCGAGACGUAAGGUUUCGCAGAAUAUGGAAUAGCGACGAAUGGAUUGAUUCUGUGGAAGCUCUCGCAGAAGAUCGAGAAGGUUGGGCAGAGCUGUGUUCAAGGACGGCACACCUCGGCGAAGAUGCGGGUAAUCGCGUCAGGCAUCAUCAGCCCGCCGACUAA